UUUAAUCGUAAUCCAGGUCGUAAUCGUACAAAUCAUUUUUGCACAGUGAACAUUCGUGAAAAACAUGAACCUAAACGAUUUGCCCGAUGAAGUUUUAGAGCAGAUUUUUGAUCACCUCGAUUUGUACGAGUUGAAGUUAGCGUCCCUUGUGUGCCGUCGGUGGGCCAAAGUUACUUUUUCCGGCCGAAGGAUGGACCGUGUGUGGUUCUUGCUUUGUGGUGCAACUUGGAAAACUUUGCUCAACAUCAAAAGGCCCUAUCGCAAUAUUCAUCAGCUGGGUUUCCGCAGCAAAGCUCCGUUUAAACGCUUAUCACGGUUUCUGCAAACGUUGAAGCUUCCUGUUCGAAGGUUGAAAGUUGGUAAUGGAUUAACUCUCGAAGAAUUACGGUUGAUUCUUCUGGAAGUUCCUGAGCUACAAGAUUUAUGCAUUGCAAUUGGCAUUAAAUUCCCCAUUCCCGAUUCCCCAAGACCAUUCCCCCAAGUUUUAACGAAGCUAAAAUGCCUCAAACUGGACCGAUAUCAAAGCAAUCUAUUUGAUUGCUUCCGAAUGAAUGUCGCAAAUUUGCAGAGUCUUUACAUGAGCUGUGGGAUAGAAAGUGAUCUGGAAAUAUGGAGAUACGUGAGCGGGCAGUUAAAACUCGCUCACGUGUAUUGGUUCUAUCCAACCUAUUUCUUUCAAUUUUUCGAGCUAACGUUCCCACAUCUAGAGGAUUUAACCAUAAAAGAACCUGGUUAUGGGACGACUGAAAAGAAAGCUUCAAGCAGAAGUCAUGAUUUUUUUCGAAGACACUCCUUGCUUCGAAGACUCUCUGUCGACUUUACUAUUCCAGUAGAAUGGAUUCGAAGCAUUACUAGGCACUGUGCUGAGCUGACGUAUCUGUACCUUUUUGUGAUGAAUAUGGAAGAAGGGAUUUUAGAAUCGCUGACGCAGCUAACUAAACUACGGCAUCUUUCAUUUCUCAGACACUCAAAAGAGUGUUCCUAUCUGAAUAGAAGUCAAUACACAAAACUGGACACAAAACUGUUUCGUGGAGCUAUCAAAUCACUCGAAUCAGUUGAAUUGGAAAUGUAUCCCACUCGCGUUUUUCUCGAGAACCUUUUCGAAGCUGCGCCGCAAUUGAACAGUCUGGAGAUCAAGACCAUAUAUGACGAUUUUGCUGAUCAAAUUGCAUUGGAUUUUGAGUUCAUCUGCGAGAAAUUUUCGUGUCUUCGACGCUUAGAACUGGACGUCCGUAAACAGGUAAGUUGA